AUGAAGAUAAUUUGUGCAGGUCUUGGAAAAACUGGCACCAAAUCAAUCACCAAAGCUUUGCGUCACCUUGGAUUCGUCGUCUUUGACUGGGAAGAGCAAACAUUUGAUUUCUUGGACCACUUGGUUGAUGUCUUCAAAAGUGGCGCCCAGCCAGAUGUGAAGAGAGUCUACCAAAAUGCUGAUGCAGUCGUUGACUUUCCUGGAAACUUCUUUUGGGAGGAAAUACUGGAAGCUUUUCCUGAUAGUAAAGUAGUUUUAAGCGAACGAGAAGAAGACUCUUGGAUAAAAAGUGCAGUCAAUCAACUUCAAGAAAAAUGUACUUCGUUUUAUACUCUCAUAUUAAUGCUGUUUCUGGCUCUACAAAUCCCAGUUCCACUUGUGUUUCCCGUAAGCGAUAUCGUAUCCACAAUCAUCGCGUUAAGUCCCUCGUUCCACCAGGGAAACUGUUGGUGUUCAACGUAA